AUGAAUCCGAACAGAAGACUUUCCGCUCGAGCACCCUUUCUGCUAUGCUACAGUUUCCCAGCCGCAGGACUUAACCGCACCACCUCCUUCCAACAUAUCAUCAAGGAAUCAGAAGGAACUAUUGCAGGAGUGCACUACGAGCCAUUGACUACCGGCGACUCGAGCUUCAUCAGGGUCUAUCUACAUGUCAUACCCAAACCUGGCCGAAUACUCCAGAAGCGUUUGAGUAGUCUUGCUGUCAAAGGCGUUUUUCCAACCUGGGUACAGGAUCCAGCCGAUUUCCGAGACAAGAUCUUUGAGCUGCAGCAAGAUCCUGCGGUCCUUCCAAAAGGUACCGAAAGUAUAUGGGGCACAGGAAACGGAGCAGGAUCAAACAGGAACCCUUAUUCAAACAACUCGGACGAUACUUAUAGUUUACUGGAUGGAUUCCUUGCAACUCAGGACCUUCCAAUCAGAGCCCUGGCAGCAGCUUUUAGGACUGCGAUCUUGACGCAGAAAGUCCGACUACUCGGCAGCCAAGCUGCUUACGACGAGCCUUCUCUCGGGAGUCCCAGGGUAUAUCACAACGACGACUGUUGGUUCACGACACCAAGGGAGAAGAUUAUUGAAGGGAUGGUGAUUGCCAACAUCUCCAGGGGCGAAAUAAGACGUCGGGGAGACUCAUAUCUCGUUUCAGGCAACGAAACUUACGAAAUAAUCGCCGACGUCAUGCGAUGUCUAUCUGAACCAGACCCAUCAAACACACCCUUCGUGUUCAAUAUCCCCAUGUCUUCUCAUACAGAAUACAUGAUGCGUGUUCCAGAGGCCUUGAGCAUGGAGCUUGGCCAAACUUGUGGAGACAGUGAUUCAUUCGGAGCUGUGCUCUCUCCCCAAUACGCUUUCAUAGACCUUCAUCUUGGCAACGCCGAGCACAAGUUCGUAACGCUUUCCCCAUUGCUCGAAGGUGGCAUGUAUACAGUCACUAGCAACCAGGAAACACUUUAUAUACCAUGCGGGUGGUUGCACGCAGUCUACACGCUAAGCGGUGGAAUACUUGUCGGGAUUAACUGGGUGAGCGAGAUAGAUGUUCCAUUGACAGAGCAGUACUUUUCCCGGGAGGUGAUGACGAAGGACUGUCAGAGUGAAGAUAUCAUGUCAUUCGUACAUUCUCUCACGCUCGCAUCGCAAUCUUUGAGCCAAGGACGACAAGAUGGUGCACUUGCAUCAUGGUGCCGCCAGCGCGGUACUCUAGAUCGAUUAGCAAAAGACAAACGCAACAAGGGUUUCAACAAUACCCUCAUGAAGCUGGAGAAGGGAAUGUUGAGCCUUGCGUUUGUCGCAUGCAGAAAUUGCGGUGGUUUUGCAAACGCACAUGCAGAAAAGACGUUCUGGAUUCCAUAG